AUGUCUGCUGUAAAUGAAAACGGAAUAGAGGUCAGUCCUAUUAGUGGUACUUUAAAUAGAAUUCCAAGUGACCAUGGUGAUAGUACUAGUGAUAAUACAAUGAGUAAGAUGGAUACUGAUAUUAUCAAUGAUGGCCACAAUAGUAUAUCGGAAACAUCAACAGCGGAUUCUUCAAUUUCCAAUCAAAGUUCGGCAUCUACUUCAAUUUCUAAUGAAGUUUCAGAUAAUAAUAAAAACAAUAAUGAAGAAGAAGAGAUUGAUCCAAAGGAUUUGGAAUGGGAUGGUCCUAGUGAUAUGGAUAAUCCUCAUAACUGGCCUUUAUGGAAAAAAUGGACAGCUACAAUGACUGCCGCAAUGUUAUGUCUUGUAGUUACGAUGGGUUCAUCCUUAUAUGUUGCUUCAGUUCCAGAAUUUGAAGUACGAUACCAUAUAUCUCAAACUCUAGGUUUAGCGGGUCUUACAUUUUAUUUAUUAGGUUUAUCAACUGUUAUCGGUGCUCCAUUAAGUGAAGUAUUUGGUCGUAAGAUUAUUUAUUUGACAUCAUUACCUUUAUCAUGUUUAUUUACAAUGGGUGUAGGUUUAUCUAAUGGUCAUAUGAGAAUAAUUUUGCCUUGUAGAUUUUUUUCAGGUGUAUUUGCUUCACCGGCUUUAUCUAUUGCCUCUGGUACAAUUAUGGAUAUCUUUGAUGUUGAUGAAGUUUCUACCGCUAUGACAUUUUUCUGCGUUGCUCCAUUUAUGGGUCCAGUUAUGUCUCCAAUUAUUUCAGGAUUUGCUGUUGAAUCACAAGGUUGGAGAUGGAGUCAGUGGAUUCAAUUGUUUGCAGCUGGUUUAAUCUUCCCAUUUAUUGUAAUAAUGCCUGAAACUCACAAAGGUGUUAUUCUUAGAACAAGAGCUAAAAAAAGAAAUAUGAAAUUAAAAGUAUUUUCAAAAGAGGAUCAAAAACAAUUUUUAAAGAUUACAAUGACUAUUACUGUUUUAAGACCACUAAAGAUGUUGGUUGUUGAACCAAUUGUUCUAGUUUUUUCAAUCUAUAUUGCAUUCAUCUUUGCUGUGUUAUUUGCAUUCUUUGAAGCCUAUCCAGUUAUUUAUCGUGGUGUUUAUCAUAUGGAUCUAGGUAUUUCAGGUUUACCUUUCUUAGGGAUCGGUAUUGGUCUUUGGAUUGGAUGUAUCUUCUAUUUAUAUAUUGAUAGAAAAUAUUUGUUUCCAAAGGCUCCUGAAGGAACUCCGGAGUUAGAAAAUCCAACUUCAUUACGUACCACGCCAUAUAGAGGUCAUCGUGAUCCAGAGACUGGGAAACUAAAACCUGUUUGUCCUGAAGAUUUCUUACUAGCAUGUAAGAUUGGUUCUUUGGCAUUACCUAUUGCAUUAUUCUGGCAAGCUUGGACUGCAAGAGCUGAUGUUCAUUGGAUGGCUCCAAUUGCUGCAGGUGUUCCAUUUGGUUUUGGUUUAAUCUUAAUCUUUUUCAGUUGUAUCAUGUAUUUCUCUGCUUCAUAUCCACCAUUGUGUGUCGCUUCAUGUAUGGCUGCUAAUAAUAUGUUAAGAUAUGUCACAUCAUCGGUAUUCCCAUUGUUUACUGUACAAAUGUAUGAAAAGAUGCAAAUCAAAUGGGCAUCUACAUUAUUUGCUUUAAUUUGUAUCGUAAUGUUACCUAUUCCGUGGAUUUUUGAAAGAUGGGGUGAAAAAUUAAGAAAUAAGUCCGUCUUUGGUUAUGCUGCAAUGUUACGUGAAGCUGAGAUGGCUCAAGGUGAAUCAGGUGAUAAUGUAACUGGUGAUUUGGAUUUGACUAAAUUAGCAACUUUACAAACUAUGGAGACAGAAUUGUCAAGAACUGAUUCUCAUAGUGGUUAUUAUGAUGCUCAUCAAGCACCUUUGAAAAUCGAUAGAACACUUUCUAGAAAGAGUAAAUAUUCUCAAUUAGUUAAUGGCACACGUUUGGAUGAGCAAGAUUUACAUGAUGAAGAUAAACAGGACAUUGAUCCUACUGUAGAUCGCGUAAGACCAGAAAGUAUAUAUGCCAAUGUGAAUCAGGAUCAAGAUAAUGAGAAUUCUCAAGAUGCCCAAGAGGAACUUUCUUCUAGAAUAGUAUAA